AUGGCGUCAAGCAGCGACAGGGGACGGUGGCGUAUCGAAACCGGUACCACUAUGGUCACCGAUCAAGAGUUCGAGAUGCAUGUACUCUGUAUCAGCAGGUCGAAGCUAAAGUCUUCCAUGGGAACUUCCACACUACUGGCUGGCUUUGCGUUGGUCGCUAUGGUGGAAGCUGAAGUAGGCAAAGGAGCUCCCCCUGCGCUGCUCAUUCCCUUCGCCAUGAUAAACGCCCUCCUUAUCUGCGUCCAUCUUCUGUCGAUCGUGGUGGCAGCCCGUCUACUCCCGGAGCUGGACGCUAUCAUGGCACAACCGCACCUCAUCACGUUUGCAGGCCAUCUCUACAAGGGCUGGCCCGUCCAAUUCUGUUGGUUCUUGUCCAACAUGAUAGGCACGAUUCUCUUUCUAGUGGAACUGAUUCUGGUCGCCUAUGUGAAAUUUUACGCCCCUCUGUCGGAUGCCAAGAUCCACAGUGGAACAGGGACACUAGCGGUAGUUGUGGUCCUCCUAGCUGUGAGUGCACCUCUUCUCAUAAUUUUCUCCUACUCUAUUUCUAAGAAAAAGAUGUGGAUGCACGAGCAGAGGCUGGCCGGAGCAAGAAACAUUCUCGCGACUAUUCCACGGGAUAUGUCUCUGGGUGGCUCCAACAAUAACCUGUCCUACUCAUCACUGACCAAUAACCGAAGUCACUUUUAUAGUCGUGAUUCUAGAUCAGUUGACAUUGCGGAUGAAACUAUUGUAUGACAGUCAUUUUACCGUCACAUCUUUCAUCGCAUCAAUAAUCAGCAGUAUCUCACAUCACUGGAAUGCAUGUUUACUUGUAGGUUUUGUAACCCAUUUGUUG